AUGGCUGAAAUACAAGAAAAAAUACUAAAGUUUAAAUGUUUACUCUCUAACAAUUAAAUUGAUUAAAAAUAUCUUAUUCAAUAAAAUAAAAUAAUAUAUCUAUUAGGAAAAGAGGAAGAAGAAGAGGGUGAAGAAUAUGUAGAAUCAAAUUAACAAUUAGAGUUAUUUGAUAAGUUGAAUCAAAAGUAUAUUGAUUUUUAAAAUAAUGACGAGUGGAAAAUUAAGUAGGUUCUAAUUUUUACUAUAAUUUAUGUUUCAUCGAAUAGCUUCACAGAUACAAUUAUUUCAUUUUGUUAGAAAGCACUAAUUUAAUUAUGGGUUGUAGAGAAGUAUUAACGAGUUAGAAAUUUAUUGAAAAAUUACAACUAAAUAAAUUUAUGGAUGCAAAUUUUGCAGAAAGAUUGGCAGAUUUAACAUGAUAGAGUUGCAGGGGAAAUGUAAUAAAUGUUGAGGAGAAUAGAUGAAUUGUAAGAAUAAAUUUCUCGUGAGGCUAAUCUGAACAAACCUGACUUACAACUGAAAGAAAUGGAUGAAACAACAUUAAUAACUUAGACUGUUAACUGAUUUUGUAAAUCAUAUUAGAAAAGAUUUGUAAGAGUUGAGGGAAAAAUAAAUCAAAUGAAAGAGUAAGUCAACAGCAUGGGGAAUGAUAUUAAAUUUAUGAGUAGAAAAUCAGUAAUACAAUUACUUGAAAUUAGAAAAUGGAAAGUUUUGAAGGAAGCAGCAGAAAAAAAUGUUAAAUCCAUCUAUGUGCCAUGAAAAACUCAAGAGAAAGAUAAAAAUGA